UGGAAUUCUCUUACCUACCGCCUUGCCCUCGAAAUUAGCACAUAUGCAUCAAGGAAAAUCAUAAAACCUCAUUCUGAAUGCAUUUGCUCGUCCCUCGAUCCGGUACUUGCUCUGCGCUCGCCAGAUACGUCGUUCAUAUGCCUCAAGGAUUCUAGGGGUCAGACACCGCGAUUCAGUGAUGAUUCGUUUGACAAGCUGCCUUCGCUAUAUAUACGAGCGGAGGAUAUCCCAACCCGAUGGGCCGAAGUUCGUCCUCAUACCUGUCGUACUUGUCAUACGCGCCGUUUAAAGGGAGACGCCCGCCUUCGUCGGGGGUCUGCGACUAACUUGCAUCCCGAGCGGAAACAAGCAGGGCUGUCUACCAUCCUGCGAAUUCUAGAUCAGACCGAGCGCCCCGGAGAUCAUACAUCAUAUAUACCAUCCCGCUCUCGUCUACCCAAAAUUGUCGUGUUUCCCUGCACCCGCGAUCCUCAGCCGCAUGUCUCUCUCCUCGCUUCCGGAGUACGCGCCUUUCAAAGAUAGAAACGAUGAAUCACAAACCGGUUUACACAACGACGAGCUGAAGUCCUCUCUAUUGAAACUCAUCCACGCCGACCCUCUUGGUCGCCUCAACCCGCUGCUCACGCUUCUCGACGCUGCCGAGCACCCGGAGGACGAUUUUACUGACGCCCUCACCCAGGCGGUCGCCGUCAUCCAGAAAUUCAAUGAAAAUGACCCAAGUUCAAGGCCCGACAAGACUGUGGACGUCGAGCCCGAGCUUUGCCUCUUCGGGACGGUGUCGGCGAAACCUCUUCCAGGCGGCGAACCGGCUAUCCAGGAGCUCAAGUUUCCUAAGGGCAAGGCCACUUUCGCAAAUUGGGGUCAUACGAUCUACUACGAGCCCGAGGCUACCUUCGUGGUCCGUACUAUUGAGGGCGUGUGCGAGCUCGUGAAAUGGGCCGCCCGCGAGGGUAAGAAGGUGCGCGUUGCCGGCUUUCGGCACUCGUGGAGCGAGCUCUUCGGCGGGCCAGACUCCGUCCUGCUCAUGUUCCUCCCGUACUCUACGCUCGUCAAGCUCCCUUACAAGUCCCCGCCGGCCGACUGGAAGACGGAGUUAUCCGGCGCGACUCUCGUGCCAUCCGUCGCCGACCGCCGGCCGGAUGCGGAGCACGCCUUCGUGCGCAUCAUGGCCGGCACGACGAACGACCAGUUCCGCGCGUGGUGCUACCAGCAUAAGACGGUCUGCAUCCCGUUCAACGUGAUCAUGGUCGAGAUCACCUUCGGCGGCUCGAAUGCACCGAUCUGCCACGGCUCUGGCUUUGGGUCGUCCACCCUCUCAGACUUGGUCGAGCAGGUGGAGUACGUCGACGCUCGGGGUAAUGUUCAAGUCGUAAACGACCCACGGGAGCUCCGCGCGGCGAGCGGUUGCUUCGGCUUGUUAGGUGUCGUCGUUGCGAUCACGCUUAGAGUGGACAAGAUGGGAGUUGCCGAGAUGGUUCCCGUCAAGAUCCCUAUGGUCCUCGCUGUCCCACCUCCGAAAGGAUACCCAAUACCUGACGCGGUCAAGGAUAUGAUCAAAAAGGAUAAUAUCACUGAGGACCAAUUAGAGGCUGCGCGCUUGCAGUUCAUCCGGCGAUGCAAGGAGGAUUAUUACCUCGAAUGGUUCUGGUUCCCGUAUCAAGCCCAUUGCUGGGUCAACACGUGGAAAAAGCGCGCUAUGACAGAUCAGGAUCUCGAUCUUCCCGAAUACCCAGGAAGCAAUCUGUUGACGGGCGUCAAAGCGCAACAGCUCGAGUCUUCUCUGGCGGAAGCGAUCACGAACUGGGCCCCUUGGAGUUGGCUGGAUGGUCAGAAACAGGCAUACGUCUUCGGGCUUAGCGCGAUGGUCGGCCUACCCAAUGUGACGAAGCCGGAAGACACGAUUCAGACCUACGUGAGCGAGGCCUUGCAUUUCAGACGCGGAAUCCAGAACUUCCGGUGUUGGGACAGCGAAUGGGAGAUACCGAUUCCAGCAACGGCCGAUGGGGACAGAGAUUACGAGCUCGUCCAACGAGCCUGGUGGGAUGGCAUUUCCGCCAUGUACUCUCGCAAGGACGCUCCAGCGCGUGUCGCGCUCGAGAUGCGAUUAACCGGCUCGUCCAACGUCCUUCUUGCGCCCCAGCGUGGCAACGCAAAUGGCACGAUCUCCAUCGAGGUCCUCACGACACUCACCACUAAGCAAGAGGACUGGCAGAGCUUCCUGCAGCUCGUCGCGGACAAAUGGACGUCCUAUACCGACCGCGACGGGAACCGGCUGAACGCGCGCCCGCACUGGGCGAAACAAUGGGCUGGACUGAUGGUCGACGGGCUUCCCGUGGAGAAGUACUUCACGGACGUGGCGUAUAAGGACGCGUUCGUCGAGUUCAGGGCGGAAUUCGAUGCCGUGGUGACGAAGCGGGGAGGCUCGACGGAGGAGACGCUGCGGAGAUUCGGGAAUUCGACGAUGGAACGAUUGAUCUUCCCGAUGCAAGCUCGGCUGGACAAGCAAACAGGUUCUGACGUCAAGAAACCGUAUGCGGAGCCACAUAGGUCUCGAAAUCCGAUCGUGCGAUUGUUCGGGGGCAUAUGGAAGAAGAUCAAAGGUUUGUUCGGGAGCAGCGUAUGAAUAUGAAGUUCGAAAUUAACGGUAUUUACCCUAUAUGUAUGACCUCUGAGCGCGAGUACUUAAUCUCAUGUACCUGUAUUCGAUUCUCAUAUACCG